AUGGCGUCAACCACAACCACUCUACCGCCGACAACCACAACAACAUCAACUACUACAGCAAAGCCUUCAACAAUUUCUACUACUAUUCCUACUACAACUGCAACGAUACCUUCGACUUCAGUAUCUUCUUCCACUACUACAAAGACUACUGUUGCUCCACCGACAACGGCACAGACAACUACAGCACUUCCUUCGACCACGACUUCCACUACUCCUGCUCCAACGACUACCACGCAAACUACUACUACAGUUCUUUCAACCGCUGCUCCUGCUCCAACGACAACGACAAAACCUACUACUACAGCUCCUUCCACCACUACUAGCACUACUCUUGCUCCAACGACAACAACACAACCUGCUACAACUACGGUUACUAUUACUACUACUACUCCUGCUCCAACGACUACGACGCAAACUACUACUACAGUUCCUUCGACCACUACACCUGCUCAAACGACAACAACACAAACCAUUACAACAACUCCCAAACCAACUACCACUACUACGGUGGCACCCACUACUACAGUUGCUCCCACUACCACUACUGCUACUACUGCAGCUCCUCCUACUACAACAACACCUGGGACGACUACAACAACUGUACGAGCGUCCACGAUUGUACCAACAACUCCACAAGCUACUACAACAACCACUACUGCAGCUACUACAACGGUGAAAACAACGCCAAUUGUUUUCUUCCCGACCCCCAGAGCAGGCAAUGGUAACGGUAACGGCAAUGGUAACGGUGGAGGUAACGGCAAUGGUAACGGUGGAGGUAACGGCAAUGGUAACGGUGGGGGUAAUGGCAAUGGUGAUGGAGGAGGUAACGGCAAUGGUAAUGGGGGCGGUAAAGGAGGAAAUGGAAAUGGUAAUGAGAGAGGUAGAAUUGGAUAA